AUGAAUUCAAAGCAAACUCCAACAAGGGCUUUCGGGCAGUGCUCUAUUGCUUCGUCAUUCCUCUCUCGUUCUUCCAAUUCUUCUAAGGAAGUAAAAGAAGAUUUGCGUAACAGAGAUUCGAAGAAGCUUACGUCUUUAUCAGAUUAUCUAAACCGAAAGCUACCCAGAAGUUCUGGUAUUCCCAAAAUUGUACAGGAGAAACCAAGGCCAUUUUCAUUGCUUUUGCGUCCAAAUGAAGGGGAAUCCAUUGAUAAGCAGAAGGAGAGAAAGAAAGAAGAGCAAAAAGAGAAAAAUGAACUUCUUGAUAAAGUUGUUUUUGAGCAGUUCAAGCAAGAUAGCACUGAGAAAGUAGAUUCUAUAAUGAGUUUAGGUGGUGUUGGUGAAGAAGAAAAGGAAGAAAAUUCAAGAAAAAGACAGAAUCCAUUUCAAGAUUUAGAUGAAGAACGCAGAACACGAAAGCCUUUUCUAGUUCUGGCAGACGAUCCACAAGACCUGAAGAAAAGAAGAAGGGAUUGUUCUAUAAGCAACAAGAAACCAAAACCCCUUUAUAAUCACUAUGCAAAUGGCUGUGGCUGGUGGGACUGUGACAUGGAAGGUGUUGACAGUGAGGAAGUAGGCUUUGGUGAAGUAUGGGAAGGAGUGGGUUCUACAACAUUUGGAGGAAUAGCAGACUGGCAUUGAUCUGAUUCUAAUCAGUGUUUCAGUAUGUUUAAAACUGAAGCAAUGCCAAAUGCCAAGAGAUGGUUAUCAAGUUCUUUGUUUUAGGUAAUGAUGAACAGAAUCUCAGUCUAUCCUCUGCUUUGUAUCAGUACACUAUGAUUCCAUAUCUUAUCAUUUUAACAAAGUAAAACAUAGAGUAAAAUGUGAAGAAUGAAAAGAGAAGAAACCAUGGAAAAUUGAUAUUUUGUUGGCUGAAUCAUACACGAGAUGAGACUUAGCUUCUUAACAGUAAAAACUACCAUUUACAGUUCUCCUCUCCCACAUUUGAUUCAAUGAUUGGGUGUAGCAUUCUGCUAGAACCAAUUUGUAUAACCUGUCCAUAUUAGCAGGAUCUUAAUAUCU